GAGCCAUGGCCGGCGCCGCGUCCCCGUGCGCCAAUGGCUGCGGGCCCGGCGCGCCUUCGGACGCCGAGGUGCUGCACCUCUGCCGCAGCCUCGAGGUGGGCACCGUCAUGACUUUGUUCUACUCCAAGAAGUCGCAGCGGCCCGAGCGGAAGACCUUCCAGGUCAAGCUGGAGACGCGGCAGAUCACGUGGAGCCGCGGCGCCGACAAGAUCGAGGGGGCCAUUGACAUCCGUGAGAUCAAGGAGAUCCGACCGGGGAAGACAUCACGGGACUUUGACCGUUAUCAAGAGGACCCCGCUUUCCGGCCAGACCAGUCCCACUGCUUUGUCAUCUUAUAUGGCAUGGAAUUCCGGCUGAAGACCCUCAGUUUGCAAGCUACAUCUGAGGACGAAGUAAACAUGUGGAUCAAAGGCUUAACUUGGCUGAUGGAGGAUACACUACAGGCAGCCACACCCCUGCAGAUUGAGAGGUGGCUUCGGAAGCAGUUCUACUCAGUGGAUCGGAAUCGGGAGGAUCGUAUAUCAGCCAAGGACUUGAAGAACAUGCUGUCCCAGGUCAACUAUCGGGUCCCCAACAUGCGUUUCCUCCGAGAACGACUGACGGACCUGGAGCAGCGCACUGGGGACAUCACCUACGGGCAGUUUGCACAGCUGUACCGCAGCCUCAUGUACAGCGCCCAGAAGACGAUGGAUCUUCCCUUCUUGGAAGCCAGUGCCCUGAGGGCCGGGGAGCGGCCGGAGCUCUGCCGAGUGUCCCUUCCGGAGUUCCAGCAGUUCCUCCUUGAUUACCAGGGGGAGCUGUGGGCUGUGGACCGGCUCCGGGUGCAGGAGUUUGUGCUCAGCUUCCUCCGAGACCCCUUGAGAGAGAUUGAGGAGCCGUCCCUGUUCCUGGAUGAGUUUGUCACCUUCCUGUUCUCCAAAGAGAACAGCGUGUGGAAUUCCCAGCUGGAUGCUGUGUGCCCCGACACCAUGAACAACCCCCUCUCCCACUACUGGAUCUCUUCCUCACACAACACGUAUCUGACUGGGGACCAGUUCUCCAGCGAAUCCUCUCUGGAGGCCUAUGCUCGCUGCCUGCGAAUGGGCUGCCGCUGCAUUGAGUUGGACUGUUGGGAUGGCCCAGACGGGAUGCCGGUCAUUUACCAUGGACACACCCUUACCACCAAGAUCAAGUUCUCAGAUGUCCUGCACACCAUCAAGGAGCAUGCCUUUGUGGCCUCAGAGUACCCGGUCAUCCUUUCCAUCGAGGACCACUGCAGCAUCGCCCAGCAGCGGAACAUGGCCCAGUACUUCAAAAAGGUGCUCGGGGACACUCUCCUCACCAAGCCCGUGGACAUCUCUGCCGACGGGCUCCCCUCCCCCAACCAGCUCAAGGGGAAAAUUCUCAUUAAGCACAAGAAGCUGGCUGAGGGCAGUGCCUAUGAGGAGGUGCCUACGUCUGUGAUGUACUCGGAGAAUGACAUCAGCAACUCCAUCAAGAAUGGCAUCCUCUACCUGGAGGACCCUGUGAACCACGAGUGGUACCCCCACUAUUUCGUUCUGACCAGCAGCAAGAUCUACUACUCGGAGGAGACCACUAGUGACCAGGGCAAUGAGGAUGAAGAGGAGCCCAAGGAGGCCAGUGGCAGCACAGAACUGCACUCCAAUGAAAAGUGGUUCCACGGGAAGCUGGGGGCCGGCCGGGAUGGGCGCCACAUCGCUGAGCGUCUGCUCACGGAGUACUGCAUCGAGACGGGCGCACCUGACGGGUCCUUCCUUGUGCGCGAGAGCGAGACCUUCGUGGGAGACUACACGCUGUCGUUCUGGCGCAACGGGAAAGUCCAGCACUGCCGCAUCCACUCCCGGCAGGACGCUGGGACCCCCAAGUUCUUCUUGACAGACAACCUCGUCUUUGACUCACUCUAUGACCUCAUCACACACUACCAGCAGGUGCCCCUGCGCUGCAAUGAGUUUGAGAUGCGCCUUUCUGAGCCCGUCCCGCAGACCAACGCUCACGAGAGCAAAGAGUGGUACCACGCCAGCCUGACCAGAGCCCAGGCCGAGCACAUGCUCAUGAGGGUCCCCCGAGACGGUGCCUUCCUGGUGCGGAAGCGGAAUGAGCCCAACUCCUACGCCAUCUCCUUCCGGGCUGAGGGCAAGAUCAAGCAUUGCCGUGUCCAGCAGGAGGGCCAGACAGUCAUGCUGGGCAACUCGGAGUUUGACAGCCUCGUUGACCUCAUCAGCUAUUACGAGAAACACCCUCUGUACCGUAAGAUGAAGCUGCGUUACCCCAUCAACGAAGAGGCUCUGGAGAAGAUUGGCACCGCGGAGCCAGACUAUGGGGCCCUGUAUGAGGGACGCAACCCUGGCUUCUACGUGGAGGCAAACCCGAUGCCAACGUUCAAGUGUGCAGUCAAAGCCCUCUUUGACUACAAGGCCCAGCGAGAGGACGAGCUGACCUUCACCAAGAGCGCCAUCAUCCAGAACGUGGAGAAGCAGGAAGGAGGCUGGUGGCGGGGGGACUACGGUGGGAAGAAGCAGUUGUGGUUCCCGUCCAACUACGUAGAGGAGAUGGUCAACCCCGCAGCCCUGGAGCCCGAGAGAGAGCACCUGGACGAGAACAGCCCCCUGGGGGAUUUGCUGCGGGGGGUCUUGGAUGUGCCAGCUUGUCAGAUAGCCAUCCGCCCAGAGGGCAAGAACAACCGGCUGUUCGUGUUCUCCAUCAGCAUGGCGUCCGUGGCGCAGUGGUCCCUGGACGUUGCUGCGGACUCCCAGGAGGAGCUGCAGGACUGGGUGAAGAAGAUCCGGGAAGUGGCCCAGACCGCGGACGCCAGGCUCACCGAGGGGAAGAUGAUGGAGCGAAGGAAGAAGAUUGCACUGGAGCUCUCGGAGCUCGUUGUCUACUGCCGGCCUGUCCCCUUCGAUGAAGAGAAGAUCGGCACCGAACGUGCCUGUUACCGGGACAUGUCAUCCUUCCCGGAAACCAAGGCUGAGAAGUAUGUGAACAAGACCAAAGGCAAGAAGUUCCUGCAGUACAACCGGCUGCAGCUCUCGCGCAUCUACCCCAAGGGCCAGCGCCUGGACUCCUCCAACUACGACCCGCUGCCCAUGUGGAUCUGUGGCAGCCAGCUCGUGGCCCUCAACUUCCAGACCCCAGACAAGCCCAUGCAAAUGAACCAGGCCCUCUUCAUGGCCGGCGGGCACUGUGGCUACGUGCUGCAGCCAAGCACCAUGCGUGACGAGGCCUUCGACCCCUUUGACAAGAGCAGCCUCCGGGGGCUGGAGCCCUGUGCCAUCUGCAUCGAGGUGCUGGGGGCCCGGCAUCUGCCGAAGAACGGCCGGGGCAUCGUGUGUCCUUUUGUGGAGAUCGAGGUGGCAGGAGCCGAGUACGACAACACCAAGCAGAAGACUGAGUUUGUGGUGGACAACGGACUGAACCCCGUGUGGCCGGCCAAGCCCUUCCACUUCCAGAUCAAUAACCCCGAGUUUGCUUUCCUGCGCUUUGUGGUUUAUGAAGAGGACAUGUUUAGUGACCAGAACUUCUUGGCUCAGGCCACCUUUCCCGUGAAAGGCCUGAAGACAGGGUACAGAGCUGUGCCUCUGAAGAACAACUACAGUGAGGACCUGGAACUGGCCUCCCUGCUCAUCAAGAUCGACAUUUUCCCCGCCAAGCAGGAAAACGGUGACAUGAGCCCAUUUGGGGGCGCGUCGCUGCGGGACCGGGGCUCAGAUGCCGCUGGCCAGCUGUUCCAUGGCCGGGCCCGGGAAGGUUCCUUCGAAGCCCGCUACCAGCAGCCGUUUGAGGACUUCCGCAUCUCCCAGGAGCACCUCCCAGACCAUUUUGAUCGGGAACGGAGGGCCCCGCGCAGGACUCGGGUCAAUGGAGACAACCGCCUCUAGGGCGCCGGCCUGUGUGGGGCCGCCGCACCGCAGCCUCCUCGUGGAAGGCGGGAGCUGGUUCUUGGACGCAGCCUGCCGUGCAGCCUGCGGGUCUUGCAGUCUGGAGCUUGUAUUCCAGCAGUGAACGCUAGACAAAAAACCAAGCCAUUAAUGAGAUGGAUUACUGUUUUGGGCCUCCACGCCCCAGCGCUGAGUGAAGGCAGAAACUGUAUGGUGUCUCGUGUUAAGCACACACACCUGGCCCCGACUCGUGGAGAUGGAGCCUUCCGUCUGUGGGGCCAGGCUCACGGCCGCAGCUCGGGGAGAGCGGCCACCUCGCCAGCUGCACCCGGUCUCUGAGGAGCCGACAUUCCGAGAACGGAGGAGAGGGAGGAGCAGACUUGCUGGGCCAGGGGAACAAAGUUUACAUUGUCCUGUAGCUUUAAAACCACAGCUGGGCAGGGUGAGGGCAGCGUCCCCGCAUUUUGUCCCUGGAGCAGGAACGGGAGGAGCGACCGGCCUUGGAGAGGGGCCGCUUGCCCGAAGAGGACACAGCACAAGGGCAUGCUGCCCAGGGCGGGGACACAACCCAGCCUGGAAGAUACAGGGGAUCAUGUUAAAAAUAGCAGUAUUAUUUUCUUCUCAAUGGUAUUGUAACUAAGUUAUUUACACCUGCUCCUUGACCGAGGGCAAGCUUGGAGCAGAGCCUUUGCCAGAAGUGGGCGGGUGGGCUACC